AUGCUGCGGUUUCCUUGUAUUCUGGUGGCUAUCGCCGCCUUUCUCACUCUCGCCAAUGCUAUCACCAUUGACCCAGACCUCCCGGACGGCGUCUACCAGAUCAACUAUUCUCGCGACCGGGACUCAAAGGUCCUCGCGCUGACGUACUUUGACACGCCUCACGACGUCAACAUCACAGCCGUCAAGUUCAACGGCGACCGCAAAUUCAAGGAAAGGAAGCCGUACUGCAUGCAGGAAGACGCCCGCCUUGCCUCAGUCAAAAUCGAGACCAACUUUACGUGUGCCGACGACCAGCUCAAGGCCAUGAACAUGCUCGCCAACUGGUGCGAGAUGGCCGCGUAUGUCCAAACAUCGGCCAUGGUCGUUGCUGUCUACAACGAUAUGCUGUGGUACGUUUGCAACUGGGCCACCUCGUACGACUUCAAAGACGCACACGCGUCGCAGCGCUGUUCCAAGGGGGAGAUUCUCAUCGUCGACGGUGUAUUGGAUCGCUGCGGCGUCGGAAAGCGCGCAGAGCUGUACUUUGGGGGUUGGCAGAAGUCCUACGGCAGGAGCCAUCGCUUUGGAGACAUUUGUGCGGGUAAGGAGCGCGAACAACGGCAACACUAG